CUCGCGCGAGAAUACUCGCGACAAUCUCGCGCGCCUUUACGUAUGCAACGUCAUCGUCCUCACUCGUUCCUGGCGGAAGGAAGUGGUCGCUGGUGACUGUGCAAAGAUGAAUACCAGAGGGCUUGGAUCUCAGCUGAAGGAUUGUAUUCCAGUUCCUGAUUUUUCAGCUGGUGGAGCAUUUGAAAGCCAUGAUCUGAUACAUAGAGGCUUUACAAAUCUGAAGAAUGAACUUUUUCCUGUUCAUCCUUUGGAGAUAUCAGAGAAAAAUUUUUCAUUAAGUCAAGAUAAGAUGAAUUUUUCUACUCUGAGAAAUAUUCAAGGGCUACAUGCACCACUGAAGUUGCAAAUGGAAUUCAAAGCAGUGAAACAGGUCCAGCAUCUUCCUUUCCUCCAUAGUUCUAACUUGUCGCUGGAUAUCUUGAAAGGCAACUAUGACUGCAUUGGUUUUGAGGAUAUUCUGAAUGACCCAGCCCAAAGUGAAGUAAUGGGAGAUCCUCAUCUGAUGGUUGAACACAAACUUGGUUUAUUAUAAUACACACAUACUCCAGCCUUCUAUACAUGAAAACGUUUCUUGCCUGUGUCCCUGUAGGUUCAAGUAAACCAUGUUAAAUGGCAGUCAUACAAUACUUGUUUCGAUACACAUAGCCUCUCAUCUACCUUAAUGAAAAAGGCACAUUAAAUGCUUAAAAUAUGGGUUUUCUUCUGUGUCUACUGUCAAUAUAAAUGUCUUGUAAUUGGUAUUUAAAAGUAUAUACAUAUAUAUAUAUAGCAGGAAAUACACCUCUGUAUUCAGGGCAAUAGCUGUUUCAUGUCUACACAUUAAAAAGUCUAUGGAAACAGGACAUUUUAGAUGAGGUUCUUGUAAAAGAACCUUUUGCCAUAUAUAACCCAGGUAUUUGCUGUUCAAUCCUUCUUUUUUUGUUCUUGAACUUGACAUGCCAUCUUUUAAAAACAAUAAAAAAAAGUUUCUAUAAA